AUGGUAUCCUUUUCUCCAUUGCCAGAGUUUUCUUCACUAGAAAUGGAAUCUUCCAAUUGUAAGUUAACAGACAUGUUCGUAUCUAUAUUUAACCCUUGUCGUACUUUUGGUGAAUUUCUGGGAUUUUUGCGAAUAAUCAGGAAAAUUUACAAGCUGCAUGUUUUUAGUGCAACCAAAGGGAGGAAUGGAGUACUUGGUGGAGUUGAUCGACGACAAGAAGAAUCUGCAGAUGUUCCCGAAGUUGUUCAGACAUGUCGAUCGCUUGGUGGACCAAGGUGGGUUGAAUAUACGUUUAUUGUGAUAGUUUUCUAGAAAUUGCUCAAGUUCGAUCUUCUUUGUUCCAAUUCAAUUUUGCAAAGACCGGAUUGGACUUGCCUGAUCCAAUCGGAGAGCCGAUCAUCGUCAGAGAAAAGGUGUACAUACCUGUUGAUGAGUACCCAGACGUAAGUUGGCAUCAUACUCAUCCGAUUGUUUUAGUUCAACUUUGUUGGCAGAAUUCUUGGUCCUCGUGGAAUGACAGCAAAACAAUUGGAACAAGAAACUGGCUGUAAGAUCAUGAUCCGUGGCAAGGGCUCAGUUCGUGAUCGUAGCCGUGAAGCAGCUCGCCGCGGAAAGACCGAACAAGAGGACAAUCUGCACGUGUUGAUUCAAUGUGAAGAUGCUCCGAACAGAGCUCGCAGAAGAGUUGACCUUGCCGUGAAGCAUGUUAGCAAGCUUCUGGUUCCAAUGGUAAGUUAGGUUUACCUCGAAACAGCGAUUUUGUGUGGAUAAAAUAGUAUUUAUGGGUUUUAUGCUUUAGGUAAUAGUUUAAAUGGUUUCUUUUAUAACAAAACCUUUGUUUAUAAUUUAAUUGUUUUAGCAAGAAGGUUCCGACGAGUUGAAGAGGAAGCAACUGAUGGAACUGUCGCUCAUCAACGGUACUUACAAGCCUCUGCGUUCACCCCGUGUUCGCAGCUCCAACACUGAGACGCGAGAGAGCUUCUUGGACAUGGAUUCUGCGAUUGACUCACCUCAAAACAGUCCGUUCCUGAAGAGUCCAGCGCCGUUCAAGCUGCAAGCUCCGCCCAAGGGACGAUCUUCGGUGACGUCUGAAAAGAGCUGGAUUUCUUCUUCGCCUCCUACUGAUUCUUCUUUUCAUAUUAACGAUUCUGAUCACUCAACUUCACCUGAACCGUCAUCUGGUAAUUCUAUUUUGAGGGCCUACAUGCCUGGCUACUUCCCGCCCUCGCCGGUUCUACUUGAAGACUCGCAAUCUUUUAUCUUGGUCUAG